AUGUUGAUCCUUCUCAUGCACAGUACUUAUUCUACGCCAGUACCAGGCUCUAGUUGGUGGCUUACAGUCCUUCGGAUCCAACAAACAAACUUAAAAACAGAAAAAAAUGCUGAAAUUUCGGAUAAUCCAUCUUCGAUUG